CGAGUACUGAGCCAGAGUACAUAUACAAGUAACUUAUCCAUAUAUUUUCAAUUCGCAAUCUCAUAGACAUUACCUCAGCACAAAAGACCUUCACAUCUCCAACCCAAAAAGGUCUACAAAAAGAGACGGAAGAAAACAAAAUGUCCUACGAAAUAACCACCAACCCCUCUGUCUCCCCCUCAACAACCUCCCCCAUCCUCUCUUUCCUCUCCACCUUCUACCAAACCAGCGACACCGAGUCCGCCCACGACAAAUAUGUUUCCUCCUUCACCGACGAUGCAACUCUAAUCAUGGGCUCUAAGAAGGCCGUCGGACGUGAUGAAAUUAGGACGCUCCGCCACGGCCUCUGGACACAUGUUGCUUCGCGGAAACACUCGCCUACGAAAGUGUUUUUCGGGGGCGAGGAUGAGGUUAUGUUGUAUGGGACGGUGAGGUAUGUGCUGCGGGCGGAUGCGGAGAAUGAGGUUGAGGUGCCAUGGGCGGGGAGGGUUGCUUUUGCGAUUGAUGGGGAAGAGGUGAGGAUGAGGUUUUAUCAGGUUUAUUUGGAUCCUUCGGCGCAGUCGGGGAAGAAAUAGUGGAGGUUACUUGGGGGUAUGGUGUACAAUGUAGAUAGUUGACUACUUGUGGAUAGACGUACAAUCAUGAAUCGUACUUCCGUACAUUGAUUGGAAGAAGCCUGAAACACUAUUGAUCAAUGCCCAGGUCUCCAAGUUCUAAAGA